AUGUGUGGCGUGCUCAUUACUUCAAAGGACCGCCGACACGAACAAGUUUCUACGCGCAGAUGCGAACGCGGCCUUAGACGUGAUGUGCGCGAGUUGCCUGCGCAUAGGGUGGUCGCCGUCGUAACUUCGAAGGGGUGUGGCCAUCAGAAACGCGGUUGUCAGAGCCUCCGCGGAGAUGUGGUAAAGCGUCUCGGGGCAGAACGAACGUUUCAGCUACCGAAAGAGGUCAGGGAUAAACUCUUGCUGUCGGGUGCGAACGCUUUGGCCGACGGUAACCUGGAGGCGCGACACCGAGGCAAAACGUUGUUCAAGUACCUCAUCGAUCAUCAGCAGUUUCAAAAAUGUUUGCACGAGGUUGUGCCUCAGAACGUGCUGAGACACAUCUCCAAGGUGUUGGCCUCCUUAAGGUCCGGAACAACCUUAAAAAGAAAAAGUGACGCCGUACUCCUGGAGGCCGACUGCGAGCUGACCUCAGGAGAAACAAUCGAAAAUAAAAGUUUCAAACGAAUCUCGUGCGUCAAUAGGGCGGUACCCUUAACCUACGAGUCCCUUAAACGGAGCAUCUUAAACGACCUGAGGAGUACGGAAGGGAGGCUACUGCUUACGAUAUCGGUGCCGGGGAAACUCACCACAGAAGAACUUAAGGGGGUGUUGUAUGAGGUUACAAGUGAGGAGGUCAAUUUGGUGUUUUUGUGGAGCUCGUUUUGUCAAAAAGUGGAGGUUUUGGAGGAGUUGCUGCGGCUAGGCGCCAGUACCAAAUACUCAGAUAGCAUACAUGGCCUCACCGCCCUACACAUCUCCUGCUUCGUCGGAUGCAGUGAAACAACAAAUUACCUGCUGAAACACAAUUUUAAUAUAAAUUUAAUCGACAAAUGGUACAGUCCGUUACAUUGCGCCACUUUGGCCAGUAGAGUUGAAAUUGUUAACAUUUUAUUGGAUCACGGAGCGAGGGUGAAUUCCAUGACCAACGGACCCGGUUACGAGACUCCCUUGUAUAUUGCGGUCAAGGUGAAUGCUCUGGAUUGCGUUAAGGUUCUGGUGGAGAGAGGGGCCCAGGUCUACCAAGAAGGUAAACUAGGCGACUUGUCUCCGUUAUUCUUAGCGGCCGAACUGGGACGGGCAGAUUGCCUUAAGGCGAUUCUGGAAUCAAGAGUCGAUUGCAACGAAUUUAAGAAAAACGAAAACGGCAAUACCACCUUACAUAUCGCUGCAGAGGAGGGUCAUGCCGAUUGUAUCGACGUCCUAUUGAAACACGGAGCGAAUCCCAAUUUAACGAACCUCAGGGGUCAAAGUGCGCUUCAUUUGGCAGUAAAAGCGAACUCGUACACGUCGGUGGUGUCGCUGAUCAGAAGUGGGAACGCCGACCCGAAUGUGGCUGAUCAAACUAAGAGGACGCCUCUGCAUGUCGCUGUAGAGCUGAUUGCAGACAGCAGAAAGGACAUUAUUAAAGUUUUAAUAUGUAAUGGUGCCGAUGUAAACGCCCAAGACCAAGACGGAUUCACCCCCCUUCACCUAGCCGCACUCAACGAACUCACACUAUGCGUCAGCAUAUUGAUCAACAACAACGCUGACUGUUCACUCAAGACCAAAUCGGGCAUAACCGCGAUCUCGUUGAUAGCCAAGAAGACCCCGGGGGCCAUACACACCAUUAAAGAGAAACUGACGGAAAACAUCUCGUUGAUUUACCAUCAGGAGUCGUUGAACGACGUCGAGAUGUCCUUUGAUUUUAAAAGUGGGUUGCACCACCCUAAAGAGUAUGACAUACUGAACGCUUUCAUUGAUGCCGGUCAGAAGGAGCUGCUGCUCCAUCCCUACUUGAUGGCUUUCCUCUACGUCACUUGGAGGAGGAUCAGGAAAUGUUACUACGGAAUGAUUUAUAACUCGUUGAUUUUCAGUUUGUUUCUGUUGUUUUACGUGCUGACCUCGUUGGCUUACGACUGCGACAGGCAAAUCAAGGAGGCUCCCGCUACUAAUUCUUCUGUUUACUGCAACAACAACUCCAACUUGAACAAGUUUCUUCUCAAUAGUCCUUUUACGUUGAAGACCCAGUGGUACGUACUGCUUUAUUUCACCAUAACGUUGGCCUACAGGAAGAUUUAUGGUUUCCAAGGUUAUCCGUCAUUAAGGCAUUAUUGCAUCAAUUGGGGCAACGUGCUGGAGUGGCACGGGAUCGUUUAUGCUUUUGUCGUAUCGUUUAUUUAUACCGGGCAUGUUGAAACUUGGCAGGUGCACGCAGGUGCCUUUGGAAUUAUGGCCGCUUGGACUAACGUGAUGUACAUGAUCGGGCAACUGCCGGUGUUCGGACCGUACGUGGAAAUGUUCCAGAAAGUCCAGAACGAGUUCAAGAAGCUCUUGCUAGUGUUUUUUCCAUUUCUCGUUGGGUACACCAUAGCUUUUUGCAUAAUAUUCCCUAAUUCUUCGGCGUUUUACACGCCUUUCAUAGGGUUUACCACCACAUUGGUUAUGAUGACCGGUGACAUGAACUAUAAUCUGCUUCUAGACUAUUCUAGAGAGGAGAAUCCCACUGAUUUGGCUAAGUUUACUGCUCAGCUAGCUUACACGUUGUUUCUUCUGUUCGUCACCAUAAUUCUUAUGAAUCUUUUGGUGGGGAUCGCUGUGCAUGACAUCCAAGGGUUGCAAAAGAACGCUGACCUUACCAGGUUGGUCAGGCAAGCCAAGAUGUGCUCUUACAUCGAAAUGUCUCAUUACAAGAGGAGCGCUUACUCCAAACUCAUCAUGACUGUGCUUCGAGUUACUCCUAAGGAGUACGUUCCGGUGUUCACGGUGAAACCACUGGAAGCCGAGCAGACUGUCAAUCUAAAAGAGAUUAUUCAAGCCGCCUAUGAUUUAGCUAAAAAAAGAGAGACGGAGAAAAAGAAACUGUUGACUAGAGUGAGCUCCGAGGGAGGCGCCUGGAGGAAAGUCCUGGGAGGCAGCUUAAAAAGGGACAACGUCUCCAGCACGAAGUUCACUCAGGGAUUAAGUAAGGUAAUGCAGAAACUCGAGGAGCAGAGCAGGGAGCUGAAGAAUUUGUCCAGGGAAGUCACCGAGUUGAAGGAGAUGAUAGAAAGUGGCGUUCCUAUGACCCCGGUGGAAGAUAGAGAAAUCUGUUUUUAUAUUAAUGAUGAAAUUAUUAAAAUAGAUAAGUGA